AUGGGCGACGUGGAAGACUCGGCGGUCGCGGACUUUCUCCAGAUCCUCGAGGAGCACCGCAAGAACUGCGAGAAGCAGGGCAAGUACGUCGAGGCCGAGAUCGCCAAGAACCGCCUCGAAGAGCUCAAGGUGCACGAGGAGAACCGGCGCAAGGAGGCGAUGCGGUCGCGCCAGAUCGCCGAGCGGCUCGGCGUCGAAGAGGCCCACAUGCUCGAGUUUCAGCAGUUCAACGUCGUGUGGGACAAGAAAAUGGAGGACUACGAGCACAACAUUGAAGAACUCGAACGACACAAGGGCGAGCUCCUCGACUUUCAGCAAAAGUUGCUCGAGAAGCAGACCAAACCCAAGUUUUCCAAGGAGCUCUUAAACUUGCGCAAGAUCGAAGAGCACCUCGCGCGCCAAAAAGACUACGCCGAGGCGCACAAGAUGAAGCUCAAGGCGGACGCGCUCGAGGCGUGGGAAAUGGAGAAAUGGCGCAACUCGAAGCAGCAAGAAAUGUUUCAGCGCGAAGUCAAGUUCAAGCAGCGCCAGCGCCAAGAGCUCGACGCGCUCCAGAAGCGCAUCCAGAGCGGCCGCGAAGAGCAAAAGAAGCAGCGUCAAUUGGACCUCGAGCGCCUCCUCCAGCGCUACCAGAACGUCAAGGCCGAGCUGCAGCAGCAGCAAAACCUCGAGCGCAUCCGCGUCGAAAAGUUCUCGCUGAACGCAUCGCAGCGCGUCUCGAUGAAGGUUUGA